AUGUCAAGAUUAAAUAAAAAACUAAUGAAACCUUCCGAAAAUGAAUUUGUGGAUCGAAAAAUAAAUGAAACUGUGGAAUUUCCACCAUUGAACAUUCGCUUAGAAUGUAUUGGGAGCGUUCUAUUGCUAUUAAAUUCUGAAGAGGAAAUGGUUCUGGUGAAUGUCCUGAAACAUUUAACUGAAUAUGUAAGGAGAAACGAUGACAAUGUCCAAUUGCUAAAGGAUCAAAAUGUAUUGGAUUUGUUGAGACGCAACGGUUUCUAUCGCCACUCCAACAAUACCCUAAUACGGAGAUUUGGAUUGUAUUUGACAAAUCAUAUUUUAGAAAAUAUGAAUCGGUUAGUUGACUUGGAUCUGGAGAGGACACGGGCAAUUUUUAAACACUGCUUGGAAUAUUUUUGUACUGAAGAAGAUGAUGUGGACCGUGAAUAUUUAAUUGCAAUUAUUUGUAAUUUAGUGGAUGAUCCACAAAUCACUAAGGAAUUGUGGGACACACAAUUUCUGGAUAACUUCCUGACACAAUUUUCCAUUUCAAAUAAUCCCGAUUUAAUACUCAAUUCAUUGCGAUUACUGGAAAAGAUCUUAAGAGUAUUGAAUUCUGCUGAUAUACCGAAACUGAUUGCCCUAAAUAAAUUUCCGGCUGAGCGAAUUGUAUGCAACUUAAAUUCGGAAUUUUUGGAUUUGCGCAGAGCUGCAUUAAACCUAUUAGCCAUCCUAAUGGCUUACCUAAAUUUCGAAAACAGUCCAUUUAGUCAUGACGCGAUAAAGGUAACAAUUUUGAAGGAGUUAACCCAAAUGUUUGCAACAAAUCGAAUGCUGUCGGAAACACCUCUCGUCAUGGAUGUCCUAUCAUUGGCUAUGCGUGACAAAGUAAUGGUUCGUUUGUUUUUCCAACACAAUCUCUUUGAUGAAUUUAUGACGACGCUAAACAGUGGCAACCUGGGUUAUGAGGAUAUGUGCCAGGCAUUAAAAGUCAUUAGCGAAAUUGCAAUGUUUUCCGAGUAUUCGAAGCGUUUAGCUGAAGCAGGAUUAGUAAAGAACCUGCUUAUUUGCCUAGAUGCUGAUGAUUGCAAAGUACCUUCGGUCCACAUUUUAAAGGGCCUUUGUCAUCUGGUUAAUCAUAUGAGUACGGCACACGAAAUAUUGGCAUAUAAUGCACAAUCAAUUAGUGUAAUUAAAAAGCUAUUGGAUUUCCUUGUCAGUGCCAACAUCAAUAUCCAGCUACGAGAAGAAGCCACCAAUUUGAUACUCAAGUUGUUGAAAUUUGCAUUUCGCGAAACAUCACAGCAACUGAUAGCGUUGAACAUGUCGGAAUCGUUGGCCAUUGUAUUUGGCCAACACAUAAUGCAUAUAUCGACAGAUCUAGUGUUGGGUCUAUUGCAAAUCGUGGAGGCAUUAUCAGAAUAUUCCGCUUAUAAGGGAUAUCUUUGUAAAAAUGAUACUAUGGUGAAGAAUCUAGGCACACUGUUGAUGAAUUCCUUCUCCUCCGCAAUAUUGGUUAGUAGCAUAUACCGUUGCCUGGGUACCCUAAUCGAUGUGGAUUCCGUUCGCCAAACACUUUUGUCAUAUUGCAACAUUGGAUCAUCCACAAAAAGGGGUCUCCAUUCCCUAUCGAAUGCCGUUAAAACCUCUGCCUGCAAUUUCAUAAUACAAACUUCACAUUUUCAAGAGUUUCUAUGUGAAUAUCUCGACAAUGGAAUUUUGGAGACUCUCAUUAUGCAGCAAAAACAUGCAUAUUGUGUUCCCAAUUGGACUACAGCCGCAGAGAGCAUCCUCAGCAAGAAUCCAACAUUAAAGUUCUGUAUACGCAAUCACCUCGGCUUUACAGAUAUAACAAAAGGUCACGAUUUCUAUAUUUCCAAGAAGAGAUUUGACGACUUCCGCAUAUUCCAAUCUAUGCUAAAAAUGGAUGCGUCUCCGCUUCAGCCAAUAUUGGUGGUGAACUUUGACCGGACCAUAGCACCACAGGAGAGUAUAGUACGAAUUCCAGUAGAUUGCCAUGCUGGCAUUGACAAUGAAGAAUGGAUUUAUUGUCGUAGCCCAGGUGAUAGCGGACUACCUAAACUUUUGAACAAAUUACUUCAAAAAUUGGAGGAAUACCACUUGCAGCCGUUGCGGCAGUGUCCACACAUUGUCGAUUUUGAUGACAUCGCUAUGAAAGUCAAAAUCAUUAGUGAUAUUGUGUACCAGGCAUUGUCGAAUGAUUUGCCACCUCUGGAUUUAAAUGAUUCAGAGGACUGUUCUCAACAUUUGGUUAAAUGUCACCUCAAAGACCUGGCCAAAGAAUUACAUUGUAAUUUUAUUCCAUUGGGUCAUGUAAUGGCAGGUUGCCAUUUUGAGAGAUCCGUACUCUUCAAAGCACUGGCCGAUCAGAUCGGUUUUCCAUGUACCUUAACACGUAGUGUGGAUGGUCGCAUUUUGUAUAAUGAAAUCCCAAUGCCAGUCGAAAUAGAGCAGGAUGUACAUUGUGAAUCGAGUGCAAUGAACUUUGUACCAUUUCGAAUGCUUCGACCAACUCAUAUUGUAGAUUUAAUGUACAACAUUGGUGAAACAUAUCCUCUGCAAAGUACCUUGGCCCUGAAAUAUUUACGCCUGUACUCAGAGUAG